CUCAACAUCAAUUUGGGUUUAACAUUCCUAACACGCAAAACCCAAAUAAAAAUCUUUAAUUUCCAUUUCCUAUUAUCUUCUUCACUCACCCACCUUAGUACCUUACUCCGUUGCAAUCGCCGGCGUUAUCCGUUAUUCCGCCACCGUAAACCACCGCAACACAAUGGCCCAAUCUUGUGUUCCUUCACUCAGAUUUAAUCCUCUUGUUUUUUCUCCCACUAAAAACCCUAAUUCCAUUUCUGAACACACUUUCGUCCCUCUUCGUUCCAGGAAAGUGAGAAUUAAUGAGAAAAGGAGUUGUUCAGUGAAAGCUGUUUAUUCCAGUGAUUAUUCGACACUCGACAAGAAUUCGAGGCAAGGAGUAUGGUCUAUUAGGGAGGAUGUGCAAGUUCCAUCAUCUCCUUACUUCCCGACUUAUGCACAAGGUCAAGGGCCGCCUCCAAUGAUGCAAGAACGGUUUCAGAGUGUUAUCAGUCAGCUUUUUCAAUAUAGAAUUAUACGAUGUGGCGGUGCUGUUGAUGAUGAUAUGGCAAACAUUAUAGUUGCUCAGCUCUUAUAUCUUGAUGCUGUUGAUCCUAACAAGGAUAUUGUGAUGUAUGUGAACUCUCCUGGUGGUUCCGUCACUGCUGGUAUGGCCAUAUUUGACACCAUGAAGCAUAUCCGACCCGAUGUUUCCACUGUCUGUGUUGGACUUGCCGCUAGUAUGGGUGCCUUUCUCCUUGGUGCGGGCACUAAAGGAAAAAGGUUUAGUCUUCCGAAUUCUAGGAUAAUGAUUCAUCAACCUCUUGGUGGAGCCCAAGGUGGUCAAACUGAUUUAGAUAUUCAGGCUAAUGAAAUGUUGCAUCAUAAGGCAAAUUUGAAUGGAUAUUUGGCAUACCACACCGGACAAAGCCUUGACCGAAUCAACCAAGACACAGACCGUGAUUAUUUCAUGAGUGCUAAAGAAGCCAAGGAAUAUGGACUUAUAGAUGGCGUUAUCACGAAUCCCCUCAAAGCCCUCCAACCACUACAAGCUGCCUAGUAAGCAUCAGUAAUCAAUUUUAGCUGUGUAAACCAACAUUAUAAUUUGCUCCACUGAAGCGUACCAUCAUGGAUGUUGUGCCAAGUUGAAUAGUAUGCCGACUUAUGCGCCUCUCAUGAUGAGUCUUCUGGAUCCCUUUCUUGCUAUUUUGUACCAAUUAGAACUCUCUUUACACAUAAAAACGGUAAUGUAAUAUUUUUCUCUGAGUACAUCUUAUUCUAAUUGUAGUCUUGUUCUUUCA